CGAGGUCACCGCGCCCCGUCCCGCGUGGGUGUGGGCUCGGCCCGGCCCAUUAUUUCCCUAAGGAGCCGGAAGGAUUCCGCGUUACAGCCUGACGGCGGCUGGGGCUGGUGCAGCGUCCGCCCGCUCCGGAAGAGGCCGUACGGAGCUGAGCUGAGCUGAGCUGAGCUGAGCUGAACCGUGCCGUGCAGCUGGGCUGCUCUCAGCGCCGCGCACAGCCGUCGGGGCGGGGAUGGACGUGGGCACGGCGCUGCUGUGGCUCAGCGCUGCGCUGCUGGCGCUGCCCGGAGCCUGCGGUGACUGCCAGGCGCCGCCGAGGUUCGUCUUUGCGGAGCCCUCCGGCCCCACCGACGCUUCGUACCCCGUUGGGAAGAUGCUGCGGUACCGGUGCCGCCCGGGGUACACGGGUGACAUGGGCAAAUCCCCCUACGUCACCUGCCUGCCCAACUCCACCUGGGGGUCAGACCCCGACUUCUGCAUCGGAAAGUUGUGCGUGCAACCAGAAAUACCCAAUGGCGACUUCCACUUCAGCACCAACCUCCAGUUUGGAGCAACAAUAAGCUUCACCUGUAAGGCCGGGUACCGUUUAGUUGGGAAACCGACUGCGCAGUGCAUACUGAGUGGCAAUGAUGUUGAGUGGGAUAGCACUCCGUACUGUGCGCUUAUUCCCUGUCAGCCUCCUCCUGGAAUUGUGAAUGGACAGCUCAGCGCUGUGCACACCGAGUACACCUUUGGAGUAGCCGUAACUUACAGCUGUAACAAAGGGUUUUCUCUCGUUGGAAAUGCCACGAUUCACUGUACAAUGGAUGAUAACCUCAACGGGAUAUGGAGUGGUCCAGCCCCGGAAUGCAAAGAGGUGAGAUGUGAAAUUCCAGAAGUGGAAAAUGGGAAGAACUUAAACAGCUUUGCCACUGAGUACACCUAUGGAGAAAAAGUGAGCUUUGAGUGUGCUCCUGGGCACGCCUUGGUCGGUGCUCACACGGUUACCUGUGAUGCAGACAGUGCCUGGAAGCCAUCUCUGCCAGUGUGUGACCCACGAUACUGCGGCCCUCCCCUCAGAAUCCCUUCCGCCGAGUUAACAGGGGCUGCGAGCGACAGCUCCUUGGCUGGAACGAAGCUGAGUUACUGGUGUCAGCCUGGGUUCACCACGGAGAGCGGGAAGUCCCUGGAAGUCACUUGUCUGCUCGACAGAUCCUGGUCUGCAGGCUCCAAGCUGUGCACACGUCAGCAGUGCGCUGCUCCCACAAUACGGAACGGGAUUGUGAACGAGGACAAUUUCCUCUUUGGGGCAACUGUGACCUUCUCCUGCAAUGCUGAGUACGAAUUAAAGGGGUCAUCUUCUGCCAAGUGCGUGGCAGCGGGAGAUGGAGUUGAAUGGGACGUGGCUCUCCCAUCCUGUGAAAGACAGCGCUCUGAUGUUCUCUGUGGACAGCCCCCCAGCAUCAGAAAUGGGGUGCACAACGGCACGAGGGGCACAGCCUUCCCCCAGGGCUCCGUUGUGGUUUAUUCCUGCAAUGACGGCUUCACCCUGGCUGGAGGCAGCACCAUUCAGUGCCUAGCAACGGCGCAGGACCGUGGAAGCUGGAGCACACCCAGUCCUGAGUGCAGAGAUGGAGCGAGCAGCAUCAUUGUUGGACUCCUGCCCCUCCUCCUGGCAAUGCUGGUGAUGAACUUCUAGAUCAGGGUACGGCUGCAGCAGGCAGAUGACGGGACGUGGUCGUGCCCUGCGUUGCCCUCUGGAGAAACCAGCCUUGCAACAGAGACUGGCAAUCUGAUGGAUAAAGACAAUGUUGAGCCCUAGUGCCCCCCCCAGACAAGCACUUGCACUUUUUGGCUGGCGUUGUGCUGGGCACAACUGCAGCGUGGCUGUGCCGGUGGCUCGGAUGUGAGUACAGUUAUCCCGAUGGGAAGUGGCAGUGAUGCCAAAGGCUUUUGAAAUGCACUGCUGUGAACUUGAGGAAACUGGGCACUUUGGACACCUCUGUACUCUCUUUCUCAGCCCCACUGAGGGAACGUUGAGCCUCGUCCUGAUCAGGGUUCACAGCUGUCCGAAGCGUCCUGGUGUGGGAGUGCCUUUGUAUGAGUGAUGUGUACUUGAAAAGAUUGUGUGAUGUGUAUGGGUUGAACAAGCCAAGUACUGUGACACUGAAAGCACUGACAUACGUGCAUAGAAGCACACUGUAGCAUUUACUUCAAGGCCAGUCUGGACAUAACAGGCCUUAUUAUAGACGGGUAAUUUUACUGGAGAGAACGCAAAUAUAAACGCCUUGUGACAAAGAACUAUUCUGACUCCUCUUGUUUGUGCUAAAAUUAAUUUUAGACACAGCGUGAAGGUGUUUGCCACCUCCCUGCUUUGUAUCACAUCAGUGCUUUUUUUCCAACCACCCAGAGAGCCGCCCUUCCUUCCUGCCCCAGGCCCAAGUACUGCGCUGUCAGCACGGGGCCACCACUGCCACCCAGCAGCAGAAAGUUGCUCUGUGUGAACCUUUUCACUUUCUGCUCGUGCUGCCCCAGCUGUGAGGCCUCGGGGCUGCUGUGCUGGUUGGGGCGGGGGGGUGGUGGAAGCAGGGCUGGGCUUCUUGCUGGGCUUGGCUGGGGUGCCCAGAGCACCCGCUGUGUUUCAGGUUGCAUCCAUAAGGAACUGGCAGCCGAGGUUGCAGCUGAACUUGGCACAGACACACACCGAGCAGAGCCUUCAUGUACUCAUCCCUGGGGAGCAGGGCACAACCCCUGCAACCUUCCAUGCUGCAAGGAGCAAUCUGACAGCUUGGAGGUGAAGUCAGGAGCUGAAGGCUUCACGGGGAUCCCGGUUUUAAGGAAUGCAAUACUGGCAGGUUUGAAACGUGUGUGUGGCUGCUGCCUUCAGACCCCGUGGCUCUUGCUGCUGUUAAGGAAGAGGUGGAGGCUCAGGGCCGUGCCUGGUGGGGUUGGCUUGCAGCUCUGGGUUUUGCACGAUAUACGGCUGGAAAACGGAAGCGUUCAAAAUGUUUAUCGUGCACUUUUUAAUUCUGCAUUUUCACUUGUGCCUUCCUGUUAACCGGAACAUGCAUCUGUUCAGAGGAAAAAGCACAGAGAGCCAUUUCCACCAGCACCUGAACUUUCUCAUAAAUGGGCUCAGAAGGUUCCCCCUUAAGCAGAGCUCUGUCCUGCCCAGCUGGCACUCUGGCCCAGCAAAGCGCUGUUUUCGGAAGUAAAUCUUCCCAAACGAGAACUCGCAGGUUGUUUUUCAUUCAUAAAUACGCAUUUUGCGUGUAGGCGCACCCGUGGUCACAUGUAUGGAGGGAUUCGUAGGAAAAUCUAGUUGUACAUCUGUGCAGAAUGUCUUGCUGAGAGCCGUGUGCGUCACCAGACGAUCAGAACACAAAAGGAAAGCCCAGUGCCUUGCUGCUGUGUUCUGCUUUAUUUGAACCUCAGCAUCGUUGUUGCUGUUGCAUAGUCCAGAGUGCGUUUCCCAAAUGAUUUAACUUCGUCUUGGAAUCACCUCCCCUCGACCCAAUGGAAGGAACUGUCAGCGCUCUGAUCGUGUCCAUGAUUUGGGGUCACCAAAAUGCACGGCCUCUGUGUUCAUAUGGGAGUAGAAUUGCUUUGUGCAUCGUUUUACUUGAUGGCCUGGGUGUAAACCAUCAAAUGCGAUUUUUGGUUGUCGGAUGUGUGUGUGUGUCAUGGAAGCUGCCAAUAAAAGGGACAAGGACAA